GCAAAUAGAAAAAUGCACAGUGAAUUGAGGAAAUGCAAUUGAAAAUAGGGAAGAAGAAAAAGAAGUGAAGAAAACAUUGUUCCGACAAAUUCUGUCGCCGGAAAACAAAAUCAAACGAAAAAAUGAUUAGCAUUCUCGCCCAGGAGCGGUUAUUAGGAGCAUCAUUGGGUGUGAUAUUGACGAGUGUUGUUGUAUUCGAGCAACGCAGAUACAUCUUCGCUUCUAUAUCCGAUUCCCAAUCUCACUCUCAGGCCAGAGAACCAAUAUUUGGGAAGAAAUCACGUUCUGAAUUUGCACAUUCAUGGAACAAAACUGUGGAUCAGACAUUCGGACCUUUGAUAAAGUCUCUCAGCUCACGUGGAUGGUAGAAAUGUUAUAAAUUUUUAUAUUUUCAAUACUAGUGUGAUUGUGAUAUCAGAACAUGCAUUAAUUUGCCUUCACAUUCUAAAUUGUUUGUCAAACUGGCAGUGCCGACGAAUGUAAUCUUUUCUUCAACACUGAUAUUUUCCUUCAGUAUAUGCAUCAAAAUACCUGAUUUUUCUUCUUUGUAA